UCCGUCAGCUAUAGAAACUCUUGGUUUCCAAAGACCGGGCCCCGUACCAACAAACUGCAGCUUUGCUCGGUGUUGCGAUACUAUGACGCCUCCUGCUCCAGCGGACGGAAAAUUGCCUGCGUCGAAUAUAUUGCACGGCUCUGAUUCCGGGAGUAAUUUCGACCACCGGCAAUGCCAAUCUUCCCUAGAUUAACCGCCAGCGCGUUCCGGGAAUGGCAGUUUGAACUAGGCUGAAACGAAAUUCUCCGAUGCGAAAACCGGGCUGUCGACCGCGCGCGCUACGAUCGUUCUGGAGACCUGGCUGUUGCUGGUAGACACGGUAGGGCAAGAGCUGGGGAUCACGAGCAUGGACCGAACAGUCGUGGUUGCGUGUCCCUGGACAAUGGGAGAUUGGCAGUGCAUUGGUAUAAAGAGCUUGGCUUUUACGAUUGAUCCUCGCUGUGCUGUUCUGUAUUGUUCGGAAACCCGACUGGCAUCAUGAUCCCUACCGCUAUCACCCUCGUACUUGCCGCUCUUGGUGCGACAGCAUCUCCAGUAGAACCUCGAGCAGCAGAUGGCCUCAACACGCGUGCCGUUGCCGCCGGCAAGCAGUAUUUCGGCAGCGCAACUGACAACGGCGAACUUACAGACUCGGCUUAUGUUGCCGGUCUCAGCAACACGGCGGACUUUGGACAAAUCACGCCUGGAAACUCGAUGAAAUGGGACACCAUCGAGCCUUCUCGUGGAACGUUCAACUACGCAAAUGGAGACGUGAUAGCAAAUCUUGCCGCCAAGAACGGACAAUAUCUGCGAUGUCAUACGCUGGUAUGGUACAACCAGCUGCCCAGCUGGGUCACGAACGGUGGCUUCGACAACGCCACUCUCAUCAGUAUCUUGAAGAACCACAUCACAAAUGAGGUCACCCACUACAAGGGUAAAUGUCUCCAUUGGGACGUGGUAAACGAAGCACUCAACGAGGACGGCACCUACCGCACCAACGUGUUCUACAACACCAUCGGCCCAGCCUACAUUCCCAUUGCCUUCGCAGCAGCAGCAGCCGCCGAUCCCAGCGCCAAGCUCUACUACAACGACUACAACAUUGAAGCCGCAGGCGCAAAAUCGACUGGCGCCCAGAACAUCGUCAAGCUCGUAAAAGCCUACGGCGCCAAAAUCGACGGCGUCGGCAUGCAAGCCCAUCUCAUCGUCGGCUCCACCGGUUCAGAGUCCGUCUCUGCGUGGACCACUAACAUGAACGCUUUCACCGCCCUGGGCGUCGAUGUCGCCAUCACCGAGCUCGAUAUCCGCACGAACACGCCUGCCACAGCCGCUGCAGUCACCCAGCAAGCCAAGGACUACGCCACUGUGAUUCAGGGCUGCAAAGCUGUAGCUAGGUGUGUCGGCAUGACUAUCUGGGACUACACGGACAAGUACUCGUGGAUCCCGAGCGUGUUCUCCGGACAGGGUGCCGCGCUGCCGUGGGAUGAAAACUUGAACAAGAAGGCUGCGGUAUACGACGCCAUGAUGAGCGCUUGGGGAACCGGCACGGGCACCACGCCAACCGCAACUCCUACCGCCUCUGUGCCCGCGUCGUCAACGACAACAACAGCAGCGCCAGCGACGAGCUCAGCUGCGAGCGGCGGCACGGUGCCGAAGUGGGGACAGUGCGGCGGAAUCGGAUGGACUGGACCAACCCAGUGUGUGGCUGGGACUACGUGCACCAAGGGAAAUGAUUACUACAGUCAAUGCUUGUAAGAGGCGGUCAAGAUUAAGUUGAAUACCCGCAUUAGUUCCGGG